AGGGGAGCAGAGAGCAUUAGAUUUCAGACAGCUUGGAAAAGCAGACUGUCCCUCUAGAGAGACCCGCUGGAUCCAGAGGUGAUCACAGGAGGCCACUUCCUCAGCUUCUUUGCAAGAAGCACACGAUACGGAAAAUGGCGCGAUCUGGACGACCAUCGCUCUCUGUCAUCCACACAGGUCUCCUGUUAGCAGUUGUUUUAUUACCAGAGCUUCUGGGGGCCGUUCCAGUGGGGCAGAACAAGCAGGAGGAAGCAGUGUCUGAUGAUGUGAAAGCAGAGGCCAUGGCCAACUUGAAAAAGCUGGUUCGCAACAGAAGGAAUGUCCCAGUCAUGGCAGUGCCCCAGUUCAGACGUGUGCCUGACUUCUGGGCAUGGUACAAGCACUUUAUGGACACCCACAACCAGGAGGGGGUGGAGGAUCUGGAUCGUCUGUAUCUGGCCUAUUUGCAAAAUAAGCACAGGUCGGAGGAGGGGCCAACCUUUAACCACUACCUCAAACACCUCAGUGAAAUCUACAAAACCUGUGCUGAUUCUGAUGACCCAGAAUGCAUAGCUGAGCAUACCAGCAAGCCCAAAGCCGCCGUGGUCAUGCCUGCACCUUUGAAGUCUGCUCCUGUCAGGAUGUGCAACCCCUAUAUUGACCCAUACUGCCUCUACCCUAUGUCCUCCAAAGCUGCUGUCCCCGUGCGUGAACCGGCUCCAGCCAAGGUACCAGCCCCCAUCCUUGCCCCGAUGCUGCCCAUGCCUCUGAAGGGCCCUGCUGGUUACUACUAUGGUCCUGUUUUGGAGCCCUUCCUGACCGCUGAGCAGAGGUCCGAACUGCUCAGAAUUUGCCAACCUGACGACGUCGAAUGCCUGCAGUACCACCUAAGAGCAGCGUUCGGGUACCGCCCAGUGCUGGGUCCGUCUCCAUCCUAUGCUGCCUUGAAAUGUGACCCAAAUGACCCAUACUGUAUGCCCCCUCUGGUGCAGAAGGCCCCCACUGGUUUCUACCAUCUGAUGUACCCAAGCUGUGACCCAUCAGUGGAUCCUCUCUGUGUCAGUAACGUUGCAGCUCCUUCUCCCCUUGCUGCUAGGGAGGCACCCAAAGAGCAGCACUGCAACCCUCUCUUUGAUACAGGCUGUAACCCGCUGACUGCCUCAAGGCUCUCUAGCCUCACCAAACCUGUCCUGGAGUACGUCCCCAAGCAUGCACCUCCUUCGGCUAGUCAGAACUGUGACCCACGAACCAACCCGUACUGCAUACUGGUAGCUGCUGCUGCCCUGCGCAGGCCUCCGCCACAACUGCCCGAGCACCAGGUCCGCUACCAGCUUGGCAUCCGUGGCAAGACCAAGGAAGGCUACGACUGCUAUGUGCACUAUGACAAGGAUUGCACUCCAGUCAAGCCUGGCUCUGAGGCUCCAGAGGCACCCUUCUGUCAUCCUUAUGAUCCAAAAUGUGGAAAGUUCACACCGCCUGCCAGCAUAGAGGCUCCAAAACCCGGAAAGGACGGCAUUAUUCUCCCAGAUCCCGACUGUGACCCUGAGUACGACUUCAACUGCCGAUUGCGCCGUGCCGAACCUGCCGCCUCUGCUGAUGAACCCAUCGCAGAUGAAGAAGAUGCUGCAGACGAACCUGCCAAGGAAGAUGCUGUCCACCAAUCUGCUGCCCCACGCUUUGAGGACUUCCUCAGGAGUGUCCUUAGACACCAGUAAGGCUCAUCAUUAGCUUUACAGCUGUUCAACUGGAACUUAAGUUCUAAAAAAAUUCCAUACAGACUUUUAAAGCCAGAAACUUUUUACACCAUCAUCAAGGCCUUACCAAUAUUUUAAAAUGAAAUCUCAAAAUAAUGCAGUUUCCAACAGCAAGGCAGACAGUCUGAAGAUUUUGUACUUUAGAUCAAAGAUGGAGACAAGCAACAUACACUGCUGCAUUAUGAUCAAAUUGUGUAUUAAAUAAUUCAUGUUUGGAUGUUUGU